GCAGGCAGCAAAGGCGGUGAGAUAGUCUGAGCCACCGGAGUGAUCGCUUGUCCGGCCUAUCAGAGCGGGCGUCUCCGCUGUCUGACCCGAGAGGGAGGGCUCUAUGAAGAGGGCACAGCGAGCUGUGAAUAUUGUUCGGUGUGAAGUUGAGUAAAUUACUGUAUGGCUGCAGAUCUUAAGGGAAGUGAUUCCCUUUCAAAUCACGCCUUCUGCUUUGUUUUCGGUGCGUAAAACACUGCUUAAACGGCUACUGGACUAUCAUCACAACGUUAUUUACAACUAUCACAUGAUGCUGCAUUGUAUGUCAAGUUGUAACUUCAGGCUAUAGGGAUGGCGUCUUCCGGAUAGUGUGAAAUCGCGGAGGCUCUAAUUGAAGGCAUUUCUUCAUAAGUUGUUUGAUGCAUAAUAGACGUGGAAAUCAGUAAGUUGUGGAGGAGGUCAACCGCACACAUGUUGCAACUAAGCGCAACUUUCGAUUUGCAGCAGGAUGUGGUGUCAAGUAUAUUUAAGAAAGAGGCGACUGUAGGAAUGAUCAAAGAAUACUCAGGGAUCGUUGACACUCGGAUCCUCAACAUUGAAAGGGAUGGAGGAGUCCUCUACUCCUGGAAAGGGGAAACAGGGACCACCAGGAUCGGGAAAUACGACCCCAAUACCAGACUGAAUAAGCUCCUCUACACAUUUGACAAGCAGGUGUGUGUCAGCAGCUGUUCUCUGAAUAAGGAGGAGACUCUGCUGGCGGUCAGUUUGGCACAGAGGACAAGAACAGAGGAGCGCCUCAGACCAGUUUCACAAUGUCUGACCCUCCUCAUUGAGAUCCAUCCCAUUAACAACACUAAGGUCCUGAAGGCUGUCGACUGCCGGGUCAGAGUUCAGUUCCUCCAUCCAGACACAGAGAGGGACUCCGUGCUGGAGAGUCACCUGCUGCUGGUAGCAGAAGAUGGCUAUGUGGAGCAGCUCCAUGUGAUGCUGGUCAGACAAGAGGGUUACAGAGUGGUGAUGUUGAGCCCAGAGUGCCUGGCCAAAGACAGGGUGGCAGAGGAGUUCAGCUGGGUCCAGUGGGACAGCCAGACACAGAGACUCUUCUACCUCACACACAGGGAAAAAGCUGUGCUGAAAUGUGUUCAAUUCGGCCAUGACCACAACUGUGAGACCUUGGUGAGACUUAGCAGCAGAAAUCAUUCAAUCAGGAACACUUCAUGGGUAGUGUUUGAUUUCAGGUUUGUUAACCUGGGCUUUGACCAUCACCAAGAGACGCAGCAGGAACGGGAGGAGAUGAGGAUGGUGGUGAUCACCAAUAUCACAGGGAGUAUGUGUGUGUGUUACAGCCAGCCUGCUUGUGUCAACCAGGAGAUCACAUACACCAUAGUUCUGGUGCACAGAGGCUGCAGUAAAACGUUCUCAGUGGCUCUGGAUGGCACCCCUAGUCCAUGUAGUACAGAUCUCCUCCCUCUCUUCAUCCCUAUAGGUUACUAUGUGGUAGUCUACCUGUCUGGUCACUUCCUGCACUGCAUCAACACCAGGCAACAGGAGCUGCUCUGCCACAGUCUCUUCCUCUCAGGUGUUGAUGCAGAGCUGGGUGUGUUGGGAUCAGACAGUGUGGUGUUGUCUCUACCCGAGUCCUCUCUGCUGGAUCUGAACACAGGCAGGAUGUACACUGUAGACCUCAACCCCUCCUUCCUAAUGGACCUACUGCACUGCAGCCACAGGAGACCUGACGCUCAACGCCUGGCUGCCCUGCACUGUCUGCUGCUCUACAUGGGACCCAACGCUGCACUAGAACUGAAGAUCAUAGAUUGGAUCUGUGACAAUGUCAUGCCGUUCGACACCUUCGAUCAAAUUCAGGAAUUUAUUCUGGCGUCACUGUACAGGAUCAUCUAUAAGAAGUGUCUCAGUCUGGAUGAAGUCCUACCCUACUCCUCUGUGUUUGAGAAGAAGAAGGUACCUGAGGCUCUAGACCAGGUCCCCGAUGUCACCUGCACCACAGAGCUCCAUGCUGAACCAGUGUUCAAAGGAAAGGCCAGGAGUCUCCAGGGUUAUUGGGAAGAGCUGCAGUGGAGCACAGAAAAGAUGAAGUACUUUGAGGCGGUUCCAAACCCACGAUACAGAGCAUCUCAGAACCUGCCAGACUGGACCAAGCUGCUAGCUACCCUGAAGUCAAAGAACAAGAAGGCUUCUAACUAUCUACGUCACAUUGAGGAGAACACUAAACAAGUUCUGUCGAUGGUGGACAGCUGGAAUCUUGUCCAAAUGUUGCUCAACCACGAGAUUGGACAUCGCUCUACCUCAACCUCACAUGGGCCACGCACGGACAACACACAACCUCACUCUCUGUCACACACACUGCUCUCUCGCUCUUGCUCUGUCUCACUCUCUCUCUGUCUCUCUGUCUGUCUCUCACCCGUACACACUCUCUCCCAUACUGACCACCAUUCAUCAUUCUCCACACCAAUAUCCCGACUCACAGAAAAGUUGACUUUUUCCUCUCCCCCCUUCAUUGUCCUUGUCAUCUUCUCUGACUGUAUUGUUUCAGUUUAUCCAUGGAGAUGUCCCUCUGUAAUGAAAAGACCAUGGAGAUGUCCCUCUGUAAUGAAGACCAUGGAUAUGUCCCUCUGUAAUGAAGACCAUGGAGAUGUCCCUCUGUAAUGAAGACCAUGGAUAUGUCCCUCUGUAAUGAAGACCAUGGAUAUGUCCCUCUGUAAUGAAGACCAUGGAUAUGUCCCUCUGUAAUGAAGACCAUGGAUAUGUCCCUCUGUAAUGAAAAGACCAUGGAGAUGUCCUUCAGUAAUGAAAAGACCAUGGAGAUAUCCCUCUGCAAUGAAAAGACCAUGGAGAUGUCCCUCUGUAGUGAAAAGACCAUGGAGAUGUCCCUCUGUAGUGAAAAGACCAUGGAGAUGUCCAUAUGUAAUGAAAAGACCAUGGAGAUGUCCCUCUGUAGUGAAAAGACCAUGGAGAUGUCCCUCUGUAAUGAAAAGACCAUGGAGAUGUCCCUCUGUAGUGAAAAGACCAUGGAGAUGUCCCUCUGUAAUGAAAAGACCAUGGAGAUGUCCAUAUGUAAUGAAAAGACCAUGGAGAUGUCCCUCUGUAGUGAAAAGACCAUGGAGAUGUCCCUCUGUAGUGAAAAGACCAUGGAGAUGUCCCUCUGUAAUGAAAAGACCAUGGAGAUGUCCAUAUGUAAUGAAAAGACCAUGGAGAUGUCCCUCUGUAGUGAAAAGACCAUGGAGAUGUCCCUCUGUAGUGAAAAGACCAUGGAUAUGUCCCUCUGUAAUGAAGACCAUGGAGAUGUCCCUCUGUAAUGAAGACCAUGGAUAUGUCCCUCUGUAAUGAAGACCAUGGAUAUGUCCCUCUGUAAUGAAGACCAUGGAUAUGUCCCUCUGUAAUGAAGACCAUGGAUAUGUCCCUCUGUAAUGAAAAGACCAUGGAGAUGUCCUUCAGUAAUGAAAAGACCAUGGAGAUAUCCCUCUGCAAUGAAAAGACCAUGGAGAUGUCCCUCUGUAGUGAAAAGACCAUGGAGAUGUCCCUCUGUAGUGAAAAGACCAUGGAGAUGUCCAUAUGUAAUGAAAAGACCAUGGAGAUGUCCCUCUGUAGUGAAAAGACCAUGGAGAUGUCCCUCUGUAAUGAAAAGACCAUGGAGAUGUCCCUCUGUAGUGAAAAGACCAUGGAGAUGUCCCUCUGUAAUGAAAAGACCAUGGAGAUGUCCAUAUGUAAUGAAAAGACCAUGGAGAUGUCCCUCUGUAGUGAAAAGACCAUGGAGAUGUCCCUCUGUAGUGAAAAGACCAUGGAGAUGUCCCUCUGUAAUGAAAAGACCAUGGAGAUGUCCAUAUGUAAUGAAAAGACCAUGGAGAUGUCCCUCUGUAGUGAAAAGACCAUGGAGAUGUCCCUCUGUAGUGAAAAGACCAUGGAGAUGUCCCUCUGUAGUGAAAAGACCAUGGAGAUGUCCCUCUGUAGUGAAAAGACCAUGGAGAUGUCCCUCUGUAGUGAAAAGACCAUGGAGAUGUCCCUCUGUAAUGAAAAGACCAUGGAGAUGUCCAUAUGUAAUGAAAAGACCAUGGAGAUGUCCCUCUGUAGUGAAAAGACCAUGGAGAUGUCCCUCUGUAG